GAUGGAGUACAUUUAGGAAAGAAUUUGUGAAGAUCUAGUUUAAACAAGUGCAAUUGAUAUAGGGACUGACGUCAAUCGCAUACAGGUUCCAGGCUUUUCAUUUACGUAGUGAUAAGAAAAACAAUUUGAACAGGUGUUGUUACUUGCCAAAAUUUUCUAGCGUGCAACCUAAAUGCUGGUUCGAGAUUUGUAUCAACACCGAAUUUGACGAUUCAUUAAACGAAAAAAAACAUGAUUAUCCUGCAACUCGUAAAAACACCAAACUGACACGCGUGCCACAUGAUGAGACACCUGAGUCAAUACAGGAUCUUUGGGUAUCAGUGAGAACUGAGACCGAGACUGAGAAAUGAGUAUAAAUAGUGUAUGAAAAGCGAUCUUCAAUCACAGUUUGGUGCAGUAUCGGUGCAGGUCAACAGAGAAAACAUCAUGUCGUUCAAGACUCUCUUCCUAUCGUUGUGCGUGGUGGUGGUCGCUAUGAAUGGCAUCGAAGCCAAAAAGUCCUACAUCGCUUUCGUGAAAAGCUCCAACUUUUUCGAAGCGUGGCAAGACUGCAAUUCCUACGAUGCUCAUUUAGCAACUGUAAGGUCCGCAGCAGAGCAAAGUCUUGUGGAACAGGCAGUGGCCAGAACUAGCAGUCCAAAUGGGGUUUACUUUAUCGGUGGAACUGACAUUGGCCGUGAUGGUCGCUGGAUGUGGAUUGGUUUUAACAAGGUGAUCGAAAGCACUGACUACCGCAACUUCUAUCCAGGAGAGCCCAACAAUCUCGGAGGCAACCAAGAAUGUUUGUCAGUCGGAAACUUUGCAGAUAACCGUGGAAAAUGGGAUGAUGUAGAAUGUUUGUCCAAAUUAGCCGGAUAUGUUUGUGAGUUCGAAGUAACCCCACCUGCACCAUUCCCAAGGGUUUAAGAAAAAAGUAUCACAUGAGGUUGUGAGAUGUGUCUGUUCUUUUAAACCCUGUUUCAACUAUGUGAUAGGAAUUGCAGGAAAUAAAGCAU